AGUGUGCAUCAUCGGUGAGGCUGAGAGUUAUUCACUUAUAAAAAAACCAAACACUUGAGUGUCUUCUUCCCCAAAAAAGUUUUUCUUCUUUCUGAUUUUCUCCUGAACUUUUAUUUCGUGCAAAUCCACCCCUUAGAUCUGUUCUUCGAUUUCUUUCUGCUUAUAAUCUGUCUUUGAAUGGUUUUGGUUUUUACUUGUUUAAACAACAAAUCAAACUUUUGAAACUGUUUUUAAAAAAGCCAGGUAUUUUCUGAAAGAGAUCAAUCUUUUUAUCUUUGAUCUUCUUCUUUGCUUGUAGAUUUAAUCGUUUGUGUGGGUAUUUUUUUAAUUCCCUCCUCUCAAAUCUACACAGAGGUUGUUUAUUUUUAAACCUCUCUAGAAAAACCUUGUUCUUUACUUUUUACAAGAACCAGGAGUUUUAUUUUUUACUUUUUUUUACUACAAAGCUAGCUUAUAAAAAUAUAUAAAUGGCAACUUCUAUGGAUUUUUACAGUAUCAGUAACAACACAACGUUUCACCAAUCUGAUCCAUUCGGCGGUGAAUUAAUGGAAGCGCUUUUACCUUUUAUCAAAAGCCCUUCCAACAACGAUUCAUCAUCCGCGUUUGCGUUCUCCACUCUACCCACUCCGAUUCCAUCAUACCGGUCUGAUCUCCAUCUCAGUCCUAAACCGGUUUCGAUGAAACAAACCGGAGCUUCAUUACCUAAACCGAUGAAGCUAUACAGAGGAGUGAGACAACGUCACUGGGGUAAAUGGGUGGCGGAGAUCCGUUUGCCUAGGAACCGAACUCGUCUCUGGCUCGGAACCUUCGAUACGGCGGAGGAAGCUGCUUUGGCUUACGACAAAGCUGCGUUUAAGCUGCGCGGCGAUUUCGCCCGGCUUAAUUUCCCUAACCUCCGUCAUAACGGAUCCAACAUCGGCGAGUAUCAGCCUCUUCAAUCCUCCGUCGACGCUAAGCUUGAAGCUAUCUGUCAAAACUUAGCUGAGACGACGCAGAAGAAACAGGUGAAAUCAACGAAGAAGGCUACUUCUCGGAGAUGUUCCGCCGCCGUGAAACAAACGGAGGCGGCGGAUUCGGGAGUUAAAUCGGAGGAUUAUUCUAGCGCUGGAUCUUCGCCGCCGUUGACGGAGAGCUACGGAUCUGGUGGAUCUUCGUCGCCGUUGUCGGAUCUGACGUUUGGUGAUGCGGAGGAGGAGAUUCAGCCGCCGUGGAAUGAGAACUUUGCGUUGGAGAAGUAUCCGUCGUACGAGAUCGAUUGGGAUUCGAUUCUUCAGUCAUCUUCUUCGUAGUCUUGUAAAUUAGUUGAUGGCAUAGGGGUAUUUUAGGGAAUUUAGAGGUCUCUGCGAUGGAAGUUUUUGGUCAUUGCAGGGACCUUUUAAUUAUUAGAGGGCUUUUGUGUUAAUAUUAAUAAGUUGAUGUACGUUAUUGUAAUUAUUGUUAAUCUCUGCGUCGGUCUGAGCUGGGUUUUUUUUGUCAUGCUUCGACCGUGCGAGUUUGUUUUUUUUUAAUGUAAUUUUUUUGUUUUAAA